UGUGUAAAACUGACUCCAGUCUCUAUUCUGGGGCCGGUCACUGAGAUCAGUCGGUAGCCGGCGGCUGUCUGACUCGCUGCUCCCUUCCUGUCUCCCAGAUCCACAGAGGCCGAAGUGAAGAGCGGAGAAUGAAGAAGCAGCUCCCGAGGGAGCGGGGCUGAACCCAGGCUCCGUUCGGGGCAGCGAUCCGCGGGAAUGGAGGAGAGAGAGAGGGAACCGUACAACCCAGAGCCCUCAGUGGCUGUUAACGCCGAGGGGGACGGGAUCGUGGAACUGGAGAGCGCCGAGGGACUGCCAAUGGGUACAGAGGAUCACUGGAAAGUUUUCUUUGACCAGUUUGAUCCUGCGAACACAGGCUACAUUAGCACUGAAAAGUUCCGGAACCUUCUACAAGCCCACAGCUCGGAGCUCGAGCCACACAAGCUGGAGGUGCUUUUGGCUUUGGCCGACAACAAUUCCGAAGGGAUGGUCUGCUACCAGGACUUUGUAAACCUGAUGAGCAACAAACGGUCCAACAGCUUCUGCCGUGCGAUCCAUCUGGGAAAUCACCGUCUCCGUGCCAACUCUCUCCUGGAGGAAACAGGACUCACCCUAUCCCAGCGAUUCAUCCGGCACAUCGCCUAUGAGACCCUGCCCCGGGGACUGGACCGCAAGUGGUACUACGACAGCUACACAUGCUGUCCCCCACCCUGGUUUAUGAUCACUGUCACCAUUCUGGAAAUUGCCAUCUUCGUCUAUUAUGGUCUGGUCUUGGAGAAAUGGGUGCUACAAAUCACACACCCAUCAUAUUUGAACAACCCAUUGGUCUAUCAGCCACAGCUCCGUAGCCAGGUCUGGCGUUACCUCAGCUACAUCUUCAUACAUGUCGGGGUUGAACACCUGGGCUUCAAUGUGGUGCUGCAGCUCCUGGUCGGUGUUCCGCUCGAGAUGGUGCACGGCGCUCUCCGCAUUAGCUUUGUCUACCUUGCUGGAGUACUCGCAGGUUCACUGGCUGCGUCAGUGGCUGAUAUGACUGCACCAGUAGCAGGUUCUUCGGGAGGAGUAUACGCUCUUGUCUCAGCUCAUCUAGCUAAUGUAGUCAUGAGUUGGUCGGGAAUGAGAUGUCAAUUCAAACUGAUCCGGAUGGGAAUAGCAAUGAUUUGCAUGAGUCUGGAGUUUGGCCGUGCUGUUUGGCUGAGAUUUCAUCCACCUGCCCACCCAGCGUGUACUCACCCCAGCUUCGUUACUCACCUUGGUGGAGUGAUGGUGGGAAUCACGCUGGGGGUGGUGGUCCUCAGGAACUACGAGCAGAGACUUCAUGAGCAGUCCAUCUGGUGGAUCUUCCUCCUCAUCUAUCUAGUCUUCGUUUUCUUUGCUAUCCUCUGGAACAUCUUCGCCUAUAGUCUCUUGGAGAUCAGGCUGUUCCCACCAGUCUAACACACAUUGGUACUGGCUUUGAGACUGAGGUGUGAAUGAAGGCUUCAGCCCAAUAGCAAAGAUUUGCUCAAAGCUCACUAUUAACAGACUAAACCAACCAGCCAAAAACACAACAGGAUGGCAAGAAAGGAUUCAGCUGAGUCUAGUCAAAGCCUGUAAGGAGAUGGGACCUGAUUGGCUCAAUCAUGAUGCUGAGGGGAAUCGGACACUUUCACGAGCUGCAAUUUUCGUGUGGCCAGUAGAGACUUCCUCCGAUGAUUUGCUGAUUCAGUUAAUUACUGAUAAUCCAAGUUUCUUUUUAAAAAGCAUGGCAUGACAAUUUCCCUUCAUGUCAAAUCGGAGGGGUCAGCAGCUUUCUGUAGGCUAAAGGUGCUCCCGAGACCUCCAGCAGAAAGAAUCUCACUUUGGAUCUGGAAGCUGAGAAAGGUCAAUGAGGUGACUUGUAACAGAAUGACAUCCGCAAUCCAAUAAUUCUAAUCUCAGCUCCAUUCACAAGUGUGUGGGAACUCAGCUGUAGAAACCUGGAAGGCCCCAGGUACAAAUUAGCCAAUUGCAUAAUGGGAGAGGGCAGCUGAAGGGGUUUCUGCAAGCCUUAUUCUAAGGAAGGAUUUUUUUAAAAAACAGAGUUGAUUCCAGAUCACUACUCUGUGGCACCUGAUAGUAAAUGCAAUAUUAACUGUCAGCUGAGGAUGCCCCCAGUAGCUGAAUAGUCCAACAACAGUCAGUCUCUGGGCUGUCAACCUGGGGGGGGCGGGGGGUGCGGUGUGAUAAAUGUGCAGAAGUUGUAUUACACUGGAAGUCCGAAGAAUUAAUUCAUUCCUAAAGCAGCGUCCCAGAAGGGUUGUGCUGCAGCCUUUGAGAUAGUGAUAACAUUAUGAAAGUAAAUAGUGUCCUUGUUUGCAGACAGUUUGUUUCAGAGACUCAGGCUCUACCGAAACUGCCCCAAAUAUUUUUUUUUACUUAUUUCAUUCUCAUUUUUGGAUCUUUCAUUAAGAUGCGCAUGUUCAGAAAAUGACCUUGGACUCGAAUGCCAUUUAACUGCUAUGAAUACAGUUUUAUAACUUGUACAUAGCUUGUUCAAACUCUGUAAAUAAGGAGUUUAUUCACACAACAGGAUGGUGGGAAUGUCCCUGUAGGUUGUAGAUAAUUUGACCUGUUUAGUGAUUGUCUUAAUUUAUGGAAGAAUUCACAGGUCAAACUCACCCCUAGGACUCACAAAACAACAAUAAUGACAAAAACGUUUAAAGGGAUUUGAAAAUAUUUUGUGUAAAUCUCUAUUUAGCCAAAAAGCUGGAAUAUGCCUCAAGUCAUAUGGGUAAACUCUCUGGGGGUAGAUUUCUAAGAGUUUGAUAGGGAUCUGGCUGCCUUGAGGGGUGUGUAGAUAUUGUGUAUAGUCCGAGGAUGUCAACAUUCCAAGAAUACAAUCCCAUUAAAGGAUUUUUAUAUUGUUUCAUUUCAGAGAUAAUCUUUGUGAUUAAAUUUCCACAAUGUGCUCAUUUCAA